UGUGAUUUCGUCGGUCAAUUUUCAGGCGUUCUCUCUCCCUCCAAUUUCCCACGCGCUACCACCUUCAACCUCCACGAGGCGCCACUGGUCAGCAAUCACGUGCUUCUGUCGCGCUCUUGCGUCUAUGUCAGUUUGAGGCGAGAUCGAUCCAAGGGUGUGCGUUGGGGGCCUCUGAUAUUUCGGUUGCUGACUGGCGCCUGUGAUGAGAAGGACGAUAAGAUGGGCGGAGUGACCUCUUCGAUCGCAGCCAAGUUCGCUUUUUUCCCGCCGAGUCCGCCGUCGUACACAGUCGUCGCCGACGAGUCGUGUGAAGGGAGGUUCCUCAUUCCGGAGGUACCGAGGAGGGACGACGUGGAUGUGCUGAAGCUCAGGAAUCGCCGGGGGAAUGAAAUCGUGGCCGUACACGUCAAGCACCCCAAGGCCUCUGCAACUAUGCUUUACUCCCAUGGAAAUGCUGCUGAUUUGGGGCAGAUGUUUGAGCUCUUCGUCGAAUUGAGUACUCGCCUGCGGAUUAAUUUGAUGGGGUAUGAUUACUCUGGUUAUGGACAGUCAACUGGAAAGGCAACGGAGUGUAAUACGUAUGCGGACAUUGAUGCAGCUUAUAAAUGCCUCAAGGAGAAAUACGGGGUCAAAGAUGACCAACUAAUAUUAUAUGGUCAGUCUGUUGGUAGUGGUCCCACUGUUGAUCUUGCAUCACGUCUACCAACCUUGAGAGGUGUGGUGUUACACAGUCCCAUUUUGUCUGGGCUGAGGGUGUUGUACCCUGUCAAGCGGACAUACUGGUUUGAUAUUUACAAGAAUAUCGACAAAAUUUCAAUGGUGAACUGUCCUGUCCUGGUUAUACAUGGGACAGCAGACGAGGUUGUAGAUUCGUCCCAUGGGAAGCAGCUUUGGGUGCUUUGCAAGGAAAAGUACGACCCCUUAUGGCUCAGUGGAGGUGGGCACGGCAAUCUUGAGCUUUACCCAGAAUUUAUCAAACAUCUAAAGAAAUUUGUACACAGCCUUGGCAAGUCAAAAUCGACCACAAAUGGUUCUAGAACAAGUACACUAGAUUCUGAGAACGAGAACAAACCAUCUGAAACCGGUACUUCAGAUUCAUGCGACGCAGGUUCUGAUCUUCCAGAAGUUUCUAGAAACAGUUUAGAUAGUCGACUAGAGAAGUCUAAAAAGUCGAAGAAGCCCGAAAAGUCUCGGAUGAGCACUGACCGAGCCGACACGUUUAGGAGAAAGAAGGGUUUAGCGUAGUGACUUGUUAUUACAUGGAGAGCAGCUGAAAUAAGGUACGUUAUUCAAAUGAUGUAUCAAAAUUCCAAAUGGAAUGGAUCUGAUUUGGGCGUGGUGUUCACAUAAAUUAUAUGUUUCAUUUUGUAUGUAUAUGUAUAUUCUGCAGCGAGGGAAAACCCUGCUUUGUAUUUCUAAUGGAAAAUGAGCGUCAUUUAAACA